AGCCGAUUGGACGUGACGUCACAAAAGAGGCGGCGCCAAUGGCCACCGCGCACGCGCGCGCGUGCGUGCGUGCUGGAGUUGCCUGCCGGGCUGCGUAACGAAACGUUUAUCUUUUAAUUUAAAAAAACAAAAAAUCGUUGGCGUGAGCUACCGCCGUUAAGCUUUGACGUUGGAAUACUUGCGGCGAAUAUGCUCGCCUCGCCUGGCGCAAUGGGCGACUUCACUGCCGCGGGCGGCAUCAACGCUGUCGAUCCCUCCUCCUCUUCCACUACCUCCUCCUCCACCACCUCCUCCUCCGACGCCGACGCCUCCUCCCCGGGCCCGUCGUUCGCGGCGCUGCGCCCGCUCUGCGUGGCCGUGACUCGCUCCCCGUCGCGCGACUCCCUGCGCGCCCUCGCCGGCGCGCUCCGCUCCGUGCCCGACCCGCACCUGCUCCGCCUGCGGGACUACGUGCUCUUCCCCCCGCGCCACGCCCUCCGGCGAGCCGACGCGGCCCAGCGCGGCGCCCGGGACGGCGCCGACGGCCGGGGUCCGUCGGCGUUGCCGACGGCGGCGCUGAACGCGGCGCUGGAGCUCCUGCGCGUGGCCGCGGCCGAGUGCAUCGCGGCCGUCCUGUCGCGGGCCCCCGUCUCGGACGGGCGUCUGCUGGGCGAGCUCCUCACGGAGCUGUGCGCGCUGUGCGACGGCGACGGCGGCGGCGGCGGCGGCUCCCCCCCCUCCGAGGAGGUGAAGCUGGCGGCGUUGACGGCGCUCGCCGCGCUGCUCCGCCCCGCCGAGCCCGCCGCCGCGGCCGCCCUCCACGGCGCCCGGCCGCGCCGGACGGGGGCGACGCUCCCGCGGCUGGGCCACGCCGUGGCCACGCUGCUGGCGGUGGCCGAGGGGGAGGGGGAGCGAGCGCUGAGGCUGCGGGCGCUCGAGUGCCUCGCCGCCCUCUGGCUCCUGCCGUGCCGUGCCGCCGCCGGGCCGCCGCGGCCGCGGCUCGCGGUCGGCGGCGAGGUGGGGGAGGAGGAGGAAGAGGAGGAUGAGGACGAGGAGGAUGGAAACGCGAUCGCGACGCGCGAAGCCUUCGACUCCCUCGCCUCCUUCCUGCCGGGCACGGCCACGGCGCUGUGCCGCAUCGUCACGACGUGCGGCGGCCGCGCCGCCACGCAGCCCGGCGCCGUCGCGGCGUUGGCGACGCGCCUCCUGGCCCACGCCGUCGCCCGCGCCGCGCCGGACGACGUCCUGACCCCCGACCCCCGCGAACCGGACCCGGCGGCGGCCCCGGACCCGGCGGCGGCCCCGGCGCGGGGCGACGAGGGAGGGGCCCCCUCGCUGCUCGUGCGGAGGACCCCCGACUGGGCCCGGGCGACGGGCGAGAGGCUGGCGCCGCUGCUGCGGCGGCUGGGGCCCGUGGCGGCGGGGCACCGCAGCUGGCGCGUGCGGGUCGAGGCAGCGGCGCUGGCCGGGCGCGUGCUGCGGCGCUGCCGCCGCGUGCUGGGCGCCGAAGCCGUGGCGACGAUGUUGGACGUCGUGGUGGGGCUGUCGUGCGACGAGGACCAGAGGGUCCGAGCUGCCAGCUUCUCCGUCCUCCGGCGCCGCCGCUCGCUCGUCGGCACGGCGCCCGGCGACGACCGGGCCGUGGAGGAAUCGGCGCUGGAGCGCGCCUUCUCCCUCUGCUCCUCGCUCCCUCGCCUCGCCCGGUCCGCCGCCGACGACCGCAAGCUCGCCACGCUCUCGCGCCUGCUGGGCUACCUGCGCCUGCUGGGGCCGCGCGUCUCGGCCCUGCUGCGCUCGGCGCCGCACCUCUCCCGCCUCGCCCGGGCUCUCGUGCGGCUCCUCGCGCCCGACACGAGCCAGCAGGUCGUCGUGGAGGAGGGGGAAGUGGAGGAGGAGGAAGGACGAGGAGGAGGAGGAGGAGGCGACGAUGGAGCCGCCGCCAUUGCCUGCCUGGAGACGCCACCGGCGGGGGACGCGGACCAAGGGGGCGGCGGCCAUUUUGCGGCGAGAGGGGGCGGCGCCGCAGGCGGGCAAGCCCAUUGGCCGCACGCCGGCUCUGCCCCCUCGGACUGGCCAAUCCCCGGCGGGCGGAGGAAGCGCUUCAGCGGCUUCUCGGACGAGAGAGUGCACGCCACGCUGCAGCAGAUUUGCCGCACGCUCGGGUUCUUCGGCGACCUCUACCUCCUCGUCGACACGUUCCUAGAGAUGUACCGAGAGUCCCGGCUACAACGGGCCCCGGCUGCCAUGAUUCUCAACGAAGUGAUCGUGGGAGCCGCCGGGCGUGGGUUGGACCCCUGGGCGUAUUCCAGCGCUCGGUCCCUGCCGACCGCCCCAUCGGAAGAGGCUCCCGGCGAUUGGCGGUCGCGGUACAGCCAGGAGGAGCUGUUCUGGCUGGCGCGAGCCGUGGUGGAGGAGUACAUCUCGCCAGCGAACUGGCGCUUGCCAACCGCGCGGCUGGGCAGCUCCGCUGUGCCGGGAGACGCCGGCACCGGAGCUACGUCACUCGUCGUGCCACUCGCCCCGCCGGUGGAGAGCGAAUGCACGGUGGAGGCGUUCAACGGCAACGUGUGGCAGCUGUGCGUGCAGCUCGAGGGCAUUGCGGGUUUUUCCGGUGUCCUUGGCCACAACUUCAGGCCCAUGCUGGCAGUCGCACUGUACCCCGUGCUGGAGAAGGUGGGAGGUGACGGCUUAGACACCCAGCCCGUGUGCCGCACGGCCCGCCACGUGACGCGCCACGUGGCGGGCGCCUGUGGCUACGCACGGCCCGGCCUCCUCGUGUCUCACAACUCGGACUACGUGGCGAGCGCCGUCACCAUCGCCCUGCGCCACCUGGGGGAGAGCGAGAGCGCGCCGCUGGUGCUUGCCGCGGUGCUGCGCUACGGGGAGGGUCCUGACGCGGUGCUGCAGGCCGCAGGCUCCGCACAGGAGCUGCUGUCCCUGGUGGACCGGCACCCGGCGAGGCUGGCGAGGAGUGCCGCGCCGGCGCUGCACGCACUCGCGUGCGCCCUGGACAAGUGGUUUCCGGGCCCGGACACGACGGCCUCCGGGAACGAGCGGAGAAGGAGCGGCGACAGCGGUGGCGCGGGAGCCCGGACGCCGGGGCCGCCGGGGCCGCCGGGGCCGCGCGGGGAAGAAGGCCGCACGGCCUGCUCCCCGGAGGCGGUGGCGGAGUUUCUGCGCGACCACCACCGGCAGACACAGCUCGCGUCCGGCAUCGUGGGGCCGGAGGAGGAGGUUGACGGCGACGGCGGCGGCGGCGGCGACGCCGGUACCCGCGUGGCGAUUCGUCGGCUCGCUCGUUCGUUCUCGCGUUCGCCCGCUCGCUCGCUCGCUCGCUCGCUCGAUCAUUCAUUCUACUCGUUCCCCCCUCGUUCAUUCACCCGCUCAGCUGUGCACUCAUUCACCCGCUCGUUCACCUGUUUGCUCACUCGUCCAUUCACUCAUUUACUCGCUCAUGAACGCGCUUGGUUAACUUGCGCACGCAUUCACUCGUUCACUCAUUGCCUCGUGCAUUUACUCACUCCUUCGCUCAUUCAGUUACUCAGGGCAGAGCUGGGGGCAGGGUUAGGGGAGGGGACAGAUGAGGAGGAGCUGAAGGAGGAGGAGGUGAAGCAGGACGAGGAUGAUGAUGCCGGCUACGACAAGAAGCCGGCGCUGCCUCCCCAGCUGGAGCUCUGCCGGGCGCUGCUGGAGCGGAGCGUGCACCUCCUGUCGCAUCGCGACGUCGCCGUGCGGCUCACGAUGCUGGAGGUGGUACGGCUGGGUAUGGGCGUUCUGGCCGCCCGCGAGGAUUCCUGCCUCCCCAUGGCUCACCGCCUGUGGCCGGCGCUCGUCCAGAGGCUCACCGGCGACGAGUGGCGCGUCAUCCUCGCCGCAUUCAAGACCCUGGUGUCGCUGUCGCGCGUCUGCGGCGACUUCCUGCGCCGGCGCGUCUCCGGCGAGCUGCUGGGCCCCGUCGCCGCCUCGCUAGCGGCCAGGGCGGCCGCGAGCGCCGCCGCGGGGGCCGGGGGUCGGCGGCGAGGGCCGCCCCUGUACCCGCGAUCGCUCGCCUGCCGCCUGCAGGCGGCCGCCCUCGACAGCCUGGGGCCUCUGGCCGUUGCCCUGCGGCUCGGCAACGGAGAUCUGGACACGGUGGUGAACGCUGCCUUGCCCUACCUCAGCUGCCACCAGCCGAUCGUGCUGCAGGAGGCAGCUAAGGGGCUGCUGCAGAGCGUCAUGGCCGUGGACCCCGAUCGGGUCUGGCUCAGCCUCUGUCAGCUCCACUGCUCCUGCGUCCCGGAGCCGCCCGGCGAAGGUUUUCGCCCGGUUCAGUUCGCACGGAGCGCCUCCUCCUCCUCCUCCUCCUCGGAGGGGGCAGAGUUUGCGGUUAACGUCCGCUCCUUGCUGGCCCUCGCGGACGACGGAUCGUCGUGACGCUGGACGUCACGCGGAGGACCCUUCCCCUCCCCCCCACCGCGGAAGACUGUUGACCUGCCCCCUCCCCACCUCCCCCACCCCCUUGAAGUUGGUGGAGGUGGGGGGGGUCACCGUGGCCGUAGAGCUUGACCCGCAGGUCAGAAGGUCGCUGGCUUCAUCCCCAGGUCGGAAGGUCGCUGGCUCAGCCCCUGGUCACCACGGUUACGUAGCCAACCGCGCUAAUCGAAGUUGCGGGGGGAAGGACAAUAAACUAUGGAUCUCUGUAUGAGUC